AUGUUUAAUAACGCCAUAUCAUCGUCGUGGGCCAAUCCACAGCAAAAUCAGCAGCCCCAGCAGCAGCCGAGUGCUUUUGGCCAGCCGUCUACGUUCGGGACCGGGACUUUCGGCUCCACUACGUUUGGUCAGACACAGCCACAACAACAGCAGCCCCAACAGUCACAGCAACAACCGCAGGCAAACCCAAUGUUCGGUAACUUAGGCGGUACGACAUCGGGUACGACACCAAGCACCGGGUUCGGUGCCUUCAGUAAUGUAAACGCGGGUCCUUCGGGUGGUCUGUUUGGGCAACCAAAGCCAGCUACCGGCUUCGGUGCAUUUGGCGGCAGUCCCUCUACUUUCGGCAGUACUGGCACAGGUGCAUUUGGCGCGACAAAUACUGCAGGAACUCCUGCUGCUAGUACUGGUUUGUUUGGCACUCAGCCAUCAACCAGCACUGGAGGAGCGUUCGGCGGGAGUACGUUGUUUGGUGGGAGCAAGCCUGCAGCUGGUUUUGGAGCGCCUGCAACUGGUACAGAUGCCGCCGUCGCUCCUGUAACUACAGGGACUGCGAAUCCGCCUUACUCUGUGUACUCAGAGAAAGAUACAGCAAAUGCGUCCGUAACCUUGCAAUAUCAGAGUAUCACAUGUAUGCCACAGUAUCGUGGUUCUUCAUUCGAGGAGCUGCGCUGGCAGGAUUACCAACAGGGCCGUAAAACUGCAGGUGCCUUUGGUCAAAGCACAUUCGGAGCUCCCGCUCAGUCGAACACUGGGAUUUUCGGCCAACCAGCUACUCAAACGGCAGCACCUGCAAGUAAUCCAAUGUUCGGCAACUUUGGGAAUAACAACGCGAGUACGACUCCCGCCGCGGGUACAGGCUUUGGUGCAUUUGGACAGCCCAGUAAUACGCAAGGCACUUCUGGUAGUCUUUUCGGAGGAACUGGCGCAUUUGGGCAGCCACAAUCUCAACAACAGCAACAGCAACAGCAACAACAGCCGCAGACCGGGUUCGGUGCCUUUGGGGCAACUCAGCAGCAGCCUCAGCAAAACACGGGUGGCUUGUUCGGAAACAGUGCAUUCGGUGCAAAUCCUAGUCAACCCAAAACUGGAUUCGGCGCCUUUAGCGGAGGGACAUUCGGAAAUACAGGUACCGGCGCUUUCGGGCAGCCACAAAGUCAGCCACAGGGUGCCACUUCCACCCCAGGCAUCUUUGGUCAACCACAGCAGCCACAACAAGGCACGGGUGCAUUUGGCGCGUUGGGCGGCACCAACACUAACGCACCCAAACCAUCCCUGUUUGGCAAUACACAGCAGCCUCAACAGACUGACGGGAGGUAG